ACUCAGCUCUUUUUAGGCUUCAAAGAUUUCACACAGCGGAGAUGCCAUUCUCAUGUUUUGUAUGCGGGAAAUGUUUUUUAACUAAAUCAGAUUUUAUUAUACAUCAUAGAACUCACACAAACAAGAAGCCGUUCUCCUGUUCUGAAUGUGGGAAAUGUUAUGGAACUAAAUCAGAACUUAUGGCACAUCAGAGAACUCACACAGGAGAGAAGCCGUUCUCCUGUUCAGAAUGUGGGAAAUGUUUUGGAACUAAAUCAGACCUUAUUUCACAUUUGAGAACUCACAAAGGAGAGAAACCGUUCUCCUGUUCUGAAUGUGGGAAAUGUUUUGCCUUUAAAUCAAACCUUGCUAGACAUAAGAGAACCCACACAUUAGAUAAGCUGUUCUCCUGUUCUGAAUGUGGGAAAUGUUUUGGAACUAUAUCAGACCUUAUUUCACAUUUGAGAACUCACACAGGAGAGAAGCCGUUCUCAUGUUCUGAAUGUGGGAAAUGUUUUAGCCAGCAUUCAUACCUUGUUGUACAUCAUAGAACUCACACAGGAGAGAAGCCGUUCUCCUGUUCUGAAUGUGGGAAAUGUUUUGCCUUUAAAUCAAACCUUGUUAGACAUAAGAUUACUCACACAGGAGAGAAGCCGUUCUCCUGUUCUGAAUGUGCGAUAUGUUUUGUCAAUAAUCCAGAGCUUAUUAGACAAAAGAGAACUUACACAAAAUAG